AUGACGCCAAUAGCUUCCUCAUCCUCCUUGCACAACGGCGACGCUGCUGCUCCCGUCCGCUACGCCCUUGCAGAAGCAAUCCUGGGUAAAGAGGCUUUCCAUCGCACCAACACCGCUAAGGUUCUCGUCGUAGGUGCGGGGGGCAUCGGCUGCGAGUUGCUCAAGAACCUCGUGCUCACCGGCUUUGGCAACAUCGAGAUCAUCGACCUCGACACUAUCGAUUUGUCCAACCUCAACCGCCAGUUUCUCUUCCAGAAGCAGCACAUCAAGAAGCCCAAGUCGGUCGUAGCCAAACAGACGGCUUCCUCAUUCAAUCCGCUCGUCAACAUUGUCGCCCAUCAUGCCAACAUCAAAGAGCCUCGUUUCGGCGUUGCCUACUUUCAGAACUUUGACCUCGUCAUGAACGCACUCGACAAUCUCGAUGCGCGCAGAUGGGUCAACAAGAUGUGCAUCGCUGCCAACAUUCCGCUUAUUGAGAGCGGAACCACCGGUUUCCAUGGACAAGUUCAGCCCAUCCGCCCUGGCGUCACCGAGUGCUACGAUUGCACCACCAAGCCGACGCCCAAAACGUUCCCUGUCUGCACUAUCCGCUCUACGCCAUCGACACCGAUCCACUGCAUCGUCUGGGCCAAGAGCUGGCUCUUCACGCAAUUGUUCGGGGCGGAUGACGAGACCGAAGAUGCCGAACUCGACAAGGCGGUUGCGGACGGCGAAGAUGCACAGGAGAUUGACGAAUUGAGGAGAGAGGCUCGCGAGAUGCGCGAUAUUCGAGCUUCGUUGGUCGAAGCGGCCAAGCGGGGAGACGAGCAAACAGUGCGCUCAGUGGCAGAAAGAAUCUUCAACAAGGUGUACAAGAACGACAUCGAGCGCCUGCUGGGCAUGGAGGAAAUGUGGACGCAUCGCCCUAUCAAGCCUGUUCCGCUCGUCUUCCAGGAUGCAGUCAACGGGGUAGUUGUGCACGAAGGUGAGGCAAAAUCGGUCGACCGUUCUACUGCUACUGCCACCUCUGCACCUGUGUCCGAUCCUGCCGCAAGCACAUCAGCGUCUACGCUAAAAGACCAACGCACGCUCAGCUUGAAAGACAACGUCGAGCUCUUCCUUUCCAGCGCAGCAGCUCUCGCAGUCCGCGCAGCAGCCGACCUUUCCAACCCGCUCUCGUUCGACAAGGACGACGACGAUGCGCUCGACUUUGUCACUGCCUCGUCCAACCUGCGCUCCUUGGUUUACCACAUUGAGCGCAAGACGCGCUUCCAAGUCAAGCAGAUGGCGGGCAACAUCAUUCCCGCCAUUGCUUCGACCAACGCCAUCAUCGCCGGCAUGCUAGUCUUGCAGGCGCUGCACGUUCUCAGCGGCGCAUGGAACAAGGCGCGCAACAUUACGCUCACGCGUGGGUCGGACCGAUACAUUGCCGCUUUCCCACCCACUGCGCCCAACCCGAAGUGCGGCGUUUGUCAGGACGUGUACAUCCCCAUCGAGGUGCAGAGCUUGGAAGCGGUGACGCUGGCACAGGUGGUGGACACAGUUGCCAAGGACGCACUGCAGAUGGAGGACGAAGAGCUGAUUGUGUACAAUGGCGCGAAGAUCGUCGCGGAUCCCGAUUUCGAGGACUUCCUGGAAAAGAGUCUCGCCGAACUCGGUCUGCAGCAAGGAUCCAUGUUGACCGUGACAGACGAAGACCUCAGAUUGCAGCCUGUCAACAUUGUCAUUUCCGUUGCUGGAGACAAGGAGGCAGAGCCGAUCAAGAUUCUCGCUGCAAACGUGUCCCAACCCAAACCGAGGUUUGUCGAGCAGCCAGAAGCGGCCGCUGAGGACGAUAGUGACGACGACGAAGACGACGGUUUCGCGAUGCUGAACGAAGCGCCGCCGAAGGCACCCGCCGCGACUGCCGCCGUCGCUGGCAAGAAACGCCCUCACCCGGAUACCGAUCAGCUUUUCACUCCAGCAGCAGCGGAUCCCAGCAUAGAGAAGAAGCAAAAGAUUGUGCAGGACGGGUCGAACCCCGAUGCCGCCAUCUCCCUCGACUAG